UUAGCGGGGAGGAAAAAGUGCUGGUGUUUUUCUCCGGUGGGGGAGCCUGGCUGAGCUUCGCCCUUGCUGGAGUGAGAGAGGUGCAAAGAGGAAAGCGCGUGAAGCCGAGAGAGGCAGCAGCCGCCUCAGCGCAGAAGGUUCCUCCUCGACACCCGGCUGGCUGCGAGGGGGGCAGCAGCAAUUUUCGCAGCGACUUAACUUUCACCAGCCAUCAAUCUGGAGAGCAAACCGCCCGACCACGGAAAGCACCUUUGCUUUCUAGCCCUGGAGGUUUCCGCUGGCGAGGCCGAAAGGGCACUGCCGAGAGCCAGGAGUGACCCGCCUGCAACCAUGGAGAGCGGAAUGCAGCUCCUGAACCGGGACGGCCACAGCAUCUCCCACAACUCCAAGCGGCACUACCACGACGCCUUCGUCUGUAUGAACCGCAUGCGGCAGCGGGGCCUCCUCUGCGACAUCGUCUUGCACGUGGCCACCAAGGAGAUCAAGGCCCACAAAGUGGUGCUGGCUUCCUGCAGCCCUUACUUCCACGCCAUGUUCACGAAUGAGAUGAGCGAAAGUCGACAGACGCACGUCACUCUGCAUGACAUUGACCCCCAAGCGCUGGAGCAGUUGGUGCAGUAUGCCUACACAGCUGAGAUCGUGGUGGGAGAAGGGAACGUUCAGACGCUGCUCCCUGCUGCCAGCCUCUUGCAGCUGAAUGGGGUUCGGGAUGCCUGCUGCAAGUUCCUGCUGAGUCAGCUAGACCCAUCCAAUUGCCUGGGCAUACGGGGCUUCGCGGACACCCACUCCUGCAGCGAUCUGCUGAAGUCGGCCCACAAGUAUGUCCUCCAGCACUUCGUGGACGUCUCCAAGACGGAGGAGUUCAUGCUUCUGCCUCUGAAGCAGGUGUUGGACCUCAUCUCCAGUGACAGCCUCAAUGUGCCCUCGGAAGAAGAAGUCUACCGAGCCGUCUUGAGCUGGGUGAAGCAUGACGUGGAUAGUAGGAGGCAGCAUAUCCCCAGGCUCAUGAAGUGUGUCCGGCUUCCCCUCCUCAGCCGUGACUUCUUGAUGAGCAACGUGGACACCGAACUCCUCGUGAGGCACCAUUCGGAGUGCAAGGACCUUCUCAUUGAGGCCCUCAAGUAUCACCUCAUGCCCGAGCAGCGCGGGGUGCUGAGCAACAGCAGGACCCGACCCCGGCGCUGCGAGGGGGCCAGCACUGUGCUCUUUGCUGUGGGUGGAGGCAGCCUGUUUGCCAUCCAUGGAGACUGUGAGGCCUACGACACCCGGACAGACCGCUGGCACAUGGUGGCUUCCAUGUCCACACGCCGGGCCAGGGUGGGCGUCGCAGCCAUUGGGAACAAGCUGUAUGCCGUGGGCGGCUAUGAUGGAACAUCUGACUUGGCCACAGUGGAAUCGUAUGACCCCGUCACCAACUCGUGGCAGACCGAGGUGUCCAUGGGGACCAGACGGAGCUGUCUAGGGGUAGCAGCACUGCACGGACUCCUCUAUGCGGCUGGAGGGUACGACGGGGCUUCGUGUCUCAACAGUGCCGAGAGAUACGACCCCCUGACGGGUACUUGGACUUCGAUCGCUGCCAUGAGCACCAGGAGGAGAUAUGUCCGAGUGGCCACACUAGAUGGCAACCUCUAUGCUGUCGGGGGCUACGAUAGUUCAUCGCACUUGGCAACCGUGGAGAAGUAUGAGCCACAGAUCAACACGUGGACUCCAAUAGCCAACAUGCUGAGUCGCCGCAGCAGUGCCGGUGUGGCUGUCCUGGAAGGGAUGUUGUAUGUGGCGGGUGGCAACGACGGGACCAGCUGCCUUAAUUCUGUGGAGCGAUACAACCCUAAAACCAACACUUGGGAAAGUGUGGCGCCCAUGAACAUCCGGAGGAGCACCCACGACUUGGUGGCCAUGGACGGGUGGCUGUAUGCGGUGGGCGGCAAUGACGGCAGCUCCAGCCUCAACUCCAUCGAGAAGUACAACCCACGCAGCAAUAAGUGGGUGGCAGCCUCCUGCAUGUUCACCCGCCGUAGCAGCGUGGGCGUGGCCGUGCUGGAACUGCUCAACUUCCCACCCCCUUCCUCGCCCACCCUGUCUGUCUCCUCGACGAGUCUUUGACAAAGAGUCCGGUCACGCCUCGCCUCGAGGGGACUGCAGCAUCUGUCGGAGUGCCAAGCCGGCCUGGCCUGAUCCCUGUGGCAGCCAUUCUCUGUGAAGAUACUGCGUCGAGACCGUUUUAGUAAUAAUGUCUCCCGGGGGUCCAUUCCUGGCUCUCGCGGUGUAGCUCCAGGAGGGGAUGUGGAUCACAUACCUCCUGCAACAAGAGCCCCUUCCGUUAACAAAAAUGGCCUCCUGGUUUUCGUCUGCUCCAUCAUAAGUGGGCCGAUUCCCACCCCUCCGUCUAGCCCUGCCAGGCCAGACUCCUUAAAUCUCCCACUUCGACGACCGGACGUGACCUUCAACUCCGCCAUGCACAACGGAGCUUUAAUCCAACCAACCGGGAUGCAAGAAGCAACCAAGCCCAUCUCUUCAGGCCAGAGAGCCCCUUGCGUCGGCUGCACCAACAGCUGAAUGUAAGCUGUGAAUGUCACAAUUAGCCAAAACUUAUUCCCACGCCUAUAGCGCACUGUUAAAGACUAGGAGGCAAUGCCUCUCUCGCUGGUGUCUAUCAAAAGGGAUGCCUUAAAACAACAGCCACACAGGGCUGGAGGGGGACGACGGCAACAUCACAAGGUCCCCCAACAUCCUCUGCAGUCCUUCAUGGUCUCAAACUGGUUCUGCGCCACCACUUCUGACAUUCCCCUGCCCUCUUUGGUGGCACAGCGUGCAGGGGCACCCACCAAUGUGCUGGCUCUUUUUUAAUUUCAUUUUGAUUUUUUCCAUAUCGAGAAGAAGCUAGUCCAAGGUGUUUGACUGCAAUUUAUCCAAGGCUGCUCUGGAAUGGUCUUUGGAGAAUGGCGCAAGUUCCCAGAAUGCACGUGUGUCCUUCCGACUAUAUAUCCGUCGCCUUUUUCUUUUUUUUCCGGCUUGUAUUUUGAAAUUAUUUUAAAGCCUUUUAUCAUUUUUAAUUUCCCAUCAGAUUUGGGAUUCCCUGAACCUGCCCCUUCUAUUUUAAUUUAAGUAGGAGGGUUGCAGAAAGGGAUGAAGAGACAGCUGUAGACUUUAAAAUAUUUUUUCCAGUGAGUGCAAUCCAUGUGGGGGCGGGGGGGGGACUUGUACAAAAGCUCCAUUGGAAUGAAUGGGGGUUGCCCAGCAACAGAGCGUUCCCAUUGAAAUGAUGGAGAGUUUUAUAGCGGCACUCUCAUGCAUGUCCCGUUUAUUGUCCAGUUCAAGCCCUGCUCAUUUCGCAAUACUUUUGUGUAGCACUGGCCAUUUCAGAGCGGCAUUGUGCAAUCCGCUUAAGUCCUGCUGAUUUCAGAGUCCUCUUGUGUGCCACCCAUUCAUUUCAGUGGGAGUGCUGUACUUCUGGCGGAACUCGGGUUUGCUUCAGUCGCACUCGUGACGGAGGAGUUCCUCGCCAGUGGUGACUGCUGUGACUUGAUGCUUUGGAGAAGCACGUGUGUGUGUUUCGGAGAAAGAGAGAGCAAGGAAAUGCCACAUGCAUACUGGGAUAACCUGCACUGAAAAGGAUGCUCUGAUACUGGCCCAGGAGCCCUGCAUUGAGCUGGGAUGUAACAAACUCUCUCGUUGCGUUCGUAUUGUAAACCCAACAAUUCUGUUGUCCGAGACCCACCUAUACCAUGAAAACCUCUGUUGGCGGGGGACAUUGCUUAAAGAUGCGAUUCACUACAUUAUACACUAUCCUUGAUGCGAUCUGUGUGUGAUGGAGACCUUGCAAGUGGGGCUUAAUCCUGAGUUCAGCCACCCUCCACUGCAGCGGAUCCAGCUCUUUUACCUCAGUAGCCCUGGGUCACACACACACCCCUUUCCUUUUCCUUUUUGCAAUUCUGGCCUAAUUCAUCUAGCUAAAGACUUCUUCCAAUUUGUACUUGUUCAUCCUGUUCUCAGAUCUCCUUGUUUCCAAUUUAUCUUCUCUCUCUCAUUCAUCAGUUCGGUUCCACUGCGGCAAUAAUGGGCUUGGCUUUUUGUUGCAAAAACAGCUGAUGGCUUCUUGUUUGGCGCAUACACAACAGCCCUGUCCUCCUCAUAUGGUGUGUCUCUGCAUGGAGAGCUUAACUUGCCGUGAGUUUUCAGUCUGUGUGUCUUUGGCAACUGGAGAGAGAGCUUAAGACUCGUAUAAAAGGCUGCUGGGUUUCAGGGUGGGAAAACAAAGCGUUGUAGCCAGUGACCCCUGUCUCGGGGAUUCCCAGAUAUUGACUACAACUCCCACAAUCUCUAGCCAGAGGCCACUGCUGCUGGGAAUUACGGGAGCUGUAGUCCACAGCAUCUGGGAAUCUCUGUUACAGGGAAUACUGGUUAUAGCCCAGGUCUGAUUUUUGUAGAGGGAGUUUGCCUGACAACAGUGAUGGUAGGAGCGGGGACUCUGCACAGAGAAUGACAUUUGCACAGCUCCAAAGAAUGCCCAGCCUGACCUCCUGCCACUUCUUUGUCCACAUAUGUGAUUUGCUUACAUACCUGGAGGUUGUGGCAGUCCUGCAUGGAGACGGAGGGUCAAGCUAAAAGUGGCAUGGAAAUUACAUUGAUGACUCCCCGCCGUACCCACCCCUUGUUAAAAAAGCACCCACGGGGGCCACCCAUUUGGGGCUCUUUGUUCCCCCACAUUUAUUUUAUUUAACAUAUUUAUAGACCGUCUAUAACCAGGGUCUCCAGGCACUUUGCAGCCAAGUCAAAUCCUCCGUAAGUUAAAAUCAAAUCCUUAAAAGCCAUUUAAAAGCAAGUCACACUUAACUAAAUGCCUGGCUGAACAGGUGUGCCUUCAAUAUUUUUCUAAAGGCCAUUGGAGAUGAUGCAGCUUUUAUUCUGACAGGGAAUGCAUUCUACGGCUUCCGGGCGACUACAGAAAGGGCUCCCUUCUGAGUUGCCACUAGACAAGCUGACAGCAGCUUAUGUUUCCCAGCAUAAACCCCUCUCACUCACACACAGUGGCUAGCUGUGGAGGGGAAAACAUGGAUUACUUGUGCCUGUAUGUUUCCCCCCUCAGUGGCUAAUGGCUUCAGAGAGGAUUUAGAUGGGAUUUGUGGCCUAGGGAAAGGGGUUAGACCCAGUUCAUGGCCUCGAUCCAAGUUACCCCCUCCCCUGUGGGUGCUUUUUGAUAAAGAAAAAUAAUCCCCAAAUCCUGUCAAGUUUGGCCCUAGCUUAAUGUUUCUAAGAGCUUUCAAACUAGCCAGUCUCCAUACAGUUGUGUGUGUGAAAGGACAUUUUUUGACAUGUUUAGCCCUUCCUACAGAGACACUUCUUGAGUGCGAGGAGCACGUUUUUGAGCAAAAGGUGCUUCUAAGGUACCUUCCUUGAUCUGAGCACUUGAAAUAACUACCCUUCCACUAGUUCGCUUCGUUGGAGCUUUGCCAGUGCAAUACUUUUUAGGAUAGUGCGCAAUUGAUUUUUCGAUCAGUGCCUUGUUUCUUUUCAUCAUCUUUGCUUGUAUCAAACUGUGUGUGACCCAACCAAGGCCUGUUUGAUAGUCCUGUGUUGUCUUGUUUUCUGUGCAUUCUUUGCUGACCUGUGAUGGUGUGGGAUACCAAAUUCCCAUACUGGGGGAAAGGACGGAAGUUGCCACUUGCGACUCUAAAUUGGUUGGAUUUAGCAGAGGGCCACUUCCAAGGUAACGUUCAGGACUUCUCCGGAAAGCUCCCAUUUUUUUUAAGAUCCUUGCAAUCUAGGGAUGUGGAACUCCAUCACUGGGACACACCAUCCACAGCCAUAGCAUUUAUACAGUAUGCACACCAUGGAGCUGUCCAACAGGAAAGAGUCUCUGUCUACCUGGCAGGUUUCUGCAUUCCUGGUCAACAAGAAGAUUAGGGAGUCACGUCUAGAUGAACUCUUAGCAUCCACAGAGUGGAUCUUUUGAGCUCCUGGCCCCCUGGUGUGUGGGGUGUGUCCAGGGGAAAGUGUUGGCAUCUAUGCAGCUCACUUGUGGAAGAUCUCAGGAGCAGCCACUGAAUCCCUUGGUGGAUGUUCUCUCUGCGAUCAUCUGGGAGUAGCGUUGAUGGAUGGCUUCUUUUAAGAAAUACAGGAAAGCACUCUGUGAACUGCCCUGUUAAUUCACUGUGUUGUGCCAAGCCUAGACAUCUUUAUUAGGGCAAUGACGUUCGCCUUUUGUGUCCUUAAGGUUCAGAAGAGCUUCUGAGAGCAUCCCAGUUCACCUGGCCCUAAAAUGCCAGGAGAGGGCUGGAAGCCUCUUGGAGAAUUUUGAUUCUCUAUGAUAAGAGCAGAGAUGUGGGUUUUCUGGAAAUUUCCCCAGAAAAAAUCCCCAUGCAAUUGUUCUCCGCAAUUUUCUCAUGCAAUUUUCAUGAUGUGAAAAACUAAACAGAUUGUGAUCUGAUUGGGCAUUUACUUGACCAAUAAAAAGCAAACACAAAAGCCUCCACCAUAUUACUGUAUCUACCCCAAAUAGAAGACAACUAUGAAUUUAAGACUACCUCCUUUAAAGGCAGGUCAUACCUAUAUUUACCCAAAGGAAGAGAAGUCUGAAUAUGAAGAUGCCCCCUUGAUUUCUAAUGUCAAAGAACUUGGAAAAAAUCUAGUCCGGGAUUUGGGUAAAUAUGGCAAUUUCUUGUCACAGUGUCUCAAAGGUUCUUCAAGCAGAAAUUUUAGAAAGGAAACAUUUUCCACAACAAAAUAAAGUAUGGGGGAAAUUUCCAUCCCACAUCUCUGUGAUAGGAGUGUGACGGUGAGUGAGAUUGUGAAAGUACUUUAAAAAACAAACAAAAAACUUGCCAGCCAAAACAGUGACUAAAGCCAUCAAGGGCCUCUUUUGUGAGUGUGCACGUGUUGUGGUUUCCCUUUUGCCUUUUCUUAAUUUAACCUGCAUUAGACUAAUCUGAACGUGACUUUUGAAGUGCUUUUCAUCUGGAGUAUGUUACUGUUUAGCACAGCCCUGCUGUCUUUGGGGGAUGCUUUGUUACCCAGAGUUGAGCAUGUGUUGAGACUGUAGCAGAGGAGCUUGGGAAGGGGGGAGGAUAAACCUGGUCUCCCCCCGCCCCGCCCCCACAACAUAUACUCCAUGCCCUUUGGAAAUAUACCCUCUGGCUCAGCCAUGGUGCAAACCCCCAGCUCAAUUGCCCAACCUUGAAAGAGCCUCUUUUUAAUUUAUAUGCAACGUGUGUCGACUUUAUUUAUGUGCAUUUUAACUUUAUUUUGUGUUUCUGAAUUGUUUUGCACUAUAACGGGGUGGGGAUCUGAGCAAUACGAGCCAGUGUGUACAAUAAAAAAAAUAAGUUUUUCAUGAA